GUCAAUCCAACCAAAAUUGACUUUCUUUUGCAAUGCAAAAGACAAUUUUGACCUUUUACUUUCAGUCCCAUCAAUUCACCAUUUUUAUCCAUGCAACCAAACAAUCCCUUGGCUACUCCAUUACGCUGCAAGGCCAACUGACGAGGAGAGAGAAUCACUGAUCAAACACCUCCUAGGAAGACUGCACUUUUCAUAAGCUUUGUAUUUUUUUGUUGGAUGGAAAGUGAAAAGGACGACGACUUCACAUUUUGCCAGGUCAGUGCACCGAUCAAUCAGGAUGAUUUUGAUGAACAAACAGUGGUCCCAGGCAUAAGCAACAUCACUAUUAAUGAGGAAGUCUCGAGUAGUGAUAGUGGUGAACAAAUUAAUCCAUGGAACAAUACGAUUCCUCCUGUAUCUAUCACUGUGAAGGAGGAAAAGAUUGGAUCUUUGUCUUUCAAUGUCAUCAGUACAACUCAAAAGCAGUCUAGCGCUACACCAAAACAAGCAGGGAAUUCAGUAAAGGAUCCAGCAGACCAGAAACCUGUUGCCAAGAAGCCUGCUGCUCGGGCCAAGGUUCCUUUUGAGAAGGGCUAUAGCCCAAUGGAUUGGCUCAAGCUUACUCGUACGCAUCCUGACCUUGCAGGACUGAAUGGUCAGUCGAAUAGGAGACUUAUAUCUAUGAGUGAAGUUAAACAACAUCAAACAGAAGGCUCAAUGUGGACGGUUCUGCAAGGACGUGUGUAUAACAUUUCUCCAUAUAUGAAAUUUCAUCCUGGAGGUGUUGAUAUGUUAAUGAAAGCUGUAGGAAAAGACUGCACAUCAUUAUUCAAUAAAUACCAUGCUUGGGUAAAUGCAGAUUUCUUACUCGAGAAGUGUUUGGUGGGUAUCUUAGAUGAGAACAGAGGUGGGAAGUAAUAGUGUAGCCAAGUCUCAAACUAGCAAUGAUUGGCAAGAGGUACAUCACAACUUAUGCUAAUUGCUUGCUGUCUACAUGACACAUAAACUGAAAAUUAUGAGUUCUAUUUCGUAUUGAAUCCCAGAUUGUUUUUAUUGAAUAUGGGCCAAUAUGUUGUAUAUCUGACAACAAUGUAGUACAUUGAAUCAUACAAUAAAAUACUCCGUAAAACAACUUUUUACC